AUGGAGUUAAUACAUUCUGAAGACCGAGAUGAAUUUCAUCGACAACUUUCCUGGCAAGCAAUGCUACCCCCUGAGCACCGAAAUCUCACUCUCCAAGAAGUUCUUUCACCAGCCUAUAGUCAUCUUCUUCAGAGAUGCUUCACCGUUCGCUUCCGCUGUCUUCUGGAUAAUACAUCCGGAUUCAUUACACUAGAAAUAAGCGGUCGGCUGCAAUUUCUCCAUGGCCACGCCAGGAAUUUUCAGUUAACUACCUCACCUACCCGCGGUGGUGGUGGAAGCGAUGCCAACCCCAGACAGGGGAGACAAGAGAUGACAGCUGAAGGCCACGGAAUUUCAGCGUCCUCAUUACCUGUCAACACAAUUCCUCCUUCCUCUUUUGGACUUUUCGGCGUUUGUAGCCCCCUUGGCUCCCUCCCAAGUCUAGAUGGUUCCCAACGUGAGACAUCUUUUAAAACAAAGCAUAAAAUGGACCUCACUUUCACAAGCAUGGACAGUCGAGCACGCUCAAUGUUUGGGUACAAUGGCAAAGAGGAUGGUCGUGUUAAGAUUUAUGACCUGAUUCACCCGGAAGAUCUUAGUUAUGUAGCUCAAGGACACCGGGAAGUACUAAAGCAAGCCUCAAUUGGUCUUCUUUCACAUCGCUGGCUGUCAAACACGGGGUCAUGGAUUUGGCUCCAAUCGCGUCUCAGAAUCGUCUAUAAAGAUAAUAAAGCCGAUCAUAUCAUAGCAAUUCAUCGAAAAUUAGAUGAUACCGAAGGUAAUGAACUAUAUUAUCGGAGGAAUUCUGAAUACAAACUUCCCUUCCCUCUUCUUGAACCCGAGACCCUAAUGUCUGAAGACGAUUCAAACGAAGUCAAUGGAAACGAACUCUCAGUUAGAGAAGGUUCUUCAAUUCCCGAAGUUAAGUCUUUCACAGAAGACUCAAAUGAUGUGCAAGUGAAAGUUUCUCCUCAAAUUGACUCAGAAAAAGAUGGUACUUCAAGAAAACUGUGGAAUUCUUAUGAGAGUAACAGUCAAGAAUCAGGUAGUACAAGUGAAGUCAAACCUUCUGGAAAUAAGAAAUUCAAAGGACAACUAAAGAACUAUCUCCAGACAACUCGAAGAAGAAAGACUCCAUUCAGAGCUCCUUCUUCAACGCCAAAAUCAGUGACACGGUCAACUACCAGCUUAUAUCCGAAUUUAGAAGCUGGUUCAACCUCAUCUAGCUGGUAUAACUAUCGUAGCCUAUUUGGUAGAAAUUUCCUCAGUCCCACUGCAACAAAAACUGAUGAUUAUAUGCAGAAUUAUGCUAUGUAUGGAUAUGGCGGCAGUUCAACAAGAAAUCCAUACAGCUAUCAGGGUUGGGACUUUGAUAGAGCCAAGAAUGAAGAGGACGCAUAUUGUGGAAUGCAGAGUGGGGAUCAUACACAGGUAAAUGGCUUUGCUUAUGCGUUGCCAUAUAGCAACAAUGACUACAGUUCCGCCUAUGAGGCAUAUUCUGCUGCCGUCGCAGCUGCUGCAGUUGUGGCAGCGGCAAGCGGACAGAGUCAAUGUAGUGAAUACAGUACCCCGAGUACACUUCCUCAGCAUCAAGAUCAUGAAUCCUACGACGGAGCCGUGAGAGUAAUCCGCAGCCCCCUCAUCUAUAACACUUCCCUACAAGACCAACAAUCAUAUCUUUCUCAUCAACAGCCAAGCACUAGCGACAGUCAUCUUCAAGGGUUACCUACUUUCUCUGGUUAUCUACAGCAUAAAGAAGAGGAAGGAAUCGAGUGUAGUGGAAGUGAUCUUAUAUCAAAGUUAGCCCUCAAAACAGACCCUAGAAUGACUCAGCCAGCAUGGUUCCCGCAUAUUGGCUUGAGUAAUGACAAAAGCCAGUCAUUAAACCAGAUGGCAGCAUAUCAGCAACAUUCGAUGCUUUCGGGAAAUACGGACACCUUAAUGAGGAGUUCGAGUGGAUAUAAUCAUGAGGGCGUCAUGGACCAAACCCAGUGCACCAACCUUAUUCCCUGGAACAACUUUGAAAAUCGCACAUCCUGCGUAGGAGACGCUAAUCUAUGUGAAACAGCCAACUAUCAUGUCGGAUUCGCGACAACUUCCUAG